AUGUGGACGAAAAGCGGUUUACUGGACGGGAUUUUGAAAAGUCUACCGCACACCUUGACGGAUGAGAGCGCCGCGCAUCGUUCGUACGGCGAGGCGCUGCUCAACUGCUUCCGCGGCGGCGCGUUUUCCGCCCUCCUCGACAUCACGUUGAUCGUGGCGGGCGUGAGCAUUCAACACGUGCUGCUGCAUGCCGCUUUCACGCCGACGAGAUUUGUGGUGCCGACGUCGGCGCCGAUCUGUCGUCCGCUUCGCCAGUGCAGCAUAUCGGCGGGAUGGAACGGCACGGACUUGUUGCCAACGAUGCUGGUGUUGCCGUCGGCAAAGCAAGGCCGCUCGAGACGUCGUCGUCGGGGGGGACAUGUGUGGGGCAAUGAUGCCAUCUCCAAAGAUGGUGGCAAUCAUGCACCCUACCCCCUCAACCUGGACCUGGUUGUGAACACUCUCGAGCGGCCUCGCUUUGCCGACGGCAACACCAGCAUCAUUGGCAACAAGUCCGUGCCGUUCCAUCCCGCCGAUAUGCUGCACUGGCGAAGCGGACGACAGGCAUUCCUGCUGACCACGGUGCCCGAAGAAAAAAGCGCGUCACGCGCCUUCGACGACGCCGAAGGCGCUGUCUUGACUGGGGCCAUGUGGGUGUCUGAAAUCCUCGAAGGCAACAAGAUGCCUCCAUCGAAAUCUUUCGGCAUUCCGUGGACUCGACUUCGACCUCGAGGAACGAGAUGCCUCCAUCGCAACCUUUUGACGAUUUGCGCGGCACAUAACGAGUCUUGA